AUGUUUGAUGCAGUUCAAGGUAACCGACCUGAACGUCGCUCAGCGCUGAUCACACGUGAACUGUCCAGGUUAAAUGUCGACAUUGCUACCCUUAGCGACGUCCACUUUCUAGGCGAAGGCAGCCUCCCGGAGCAUGGCGUCGGAUACACGUUCUUCUGUUUAAGGAAACGUGCAACAGAUGGGCGUAUUUCAGGCCUCGGCUGCAUGGUCAGCAUCUUCAUUGCUGACAGGCUAGAAAAUCAGCCAACCAGUCAUUACGACUGCAUGAUGUCCAUGUGUCUCCCUCUGAAGAACAAUCAAUAUGUCACGCUUUUCAAUGUAUACGCUCCAACUCUACAAGCUGAACCCGCAGAAAAAAAAAACAAGUUCUACUCUGAGCUCCGCAGCCUUCUCCAAAGCACAUUUGCAGACGACAAUUGCGAUUUCUUUGCCAGAGUGGGUCAAGAUGCAGUUGCCUGGAAAGGAGUACUUGGCACACACGGCAUUGGUAACUGCAAUGGCAACGGGCGCAUGCUACUGGAGAUUUGCACUGAGUAG